CGCCUGCGCUUGUAAAGUUAAUGCAAUACCUGGCAACAACCGGCUGUAGUUCAGUCACAACAAUAGUGUCGAGCGAGUCGGGGCUUACUGUCAUAAACUGUUGACACUUUAUCGAGUGUAAUAACAGAUAUUUCCCCAGUAUAAAAACAGGAGAUAUUAGUUUCCUGUUUGUGUUGUUCAGCGAGCUGAGCGCGGUGAGCUGUCCGGCGGCGGCGCGCUGAUCUGGGGGACAGUGCAGCCGUAAACAUGCCCAUGUCUGUGAGUAAAGCGUGCCGGAGUCUGGCGCUCUCCACCUGGCUGCUGUCGUUCUGUUUCGUGCACUUGCUGUGUCUGGACUUCACCGUGGCCGAGAAGGAGGAGUGGUACACCGCAUUCGUCAACAUCAGCUACCAGGACCCGGCCACCGCCGAGCUGAAGACGGAGAAGACCGAGAGUGGCCGCUACGGCGAGCACUCGCCCAAAAGAGAGGCCCGGGGCCCGGUGUUUAUCCCGCUGCCCGGCCACGACCGACAGGCCUGUGACUCCAGCACCAGGUUCCCCACACCUCAGCCUGCACACGGGCCCUGGAUAGCGCUCAUAGCCAAAGGAAACUGCACAUACAAAGAGAAAAUCCGCCACGCAGCAAGUCUUAACGCCACCGCUGUGGUCAUCUAUAACGUGGGGUCGAGUAACACUAAUGACACUAUCACCAUGCCUCAUUCAGGAACAGGAGACGUGGUGGCCAUCAUGAUCCCAGAGCCAAAAGGGCGAGAUAUUGUCGCACUGCUGGAGAAGAACGUAAGCGUGAUCAUGCACAUCACCAUCGGCACUCGCAACCUGCAGAAGUACGUGAGCCGAACCUCCGUUGUGUUCGUCUCCAUCUCUUUCAUCGUGCUCAUGAUCAUCUCUCUGGCGUGGCUCGUUUUCUACUAUAUCCAGCGGUUCCGUUACGCCAACGCACGCGACCGCAACCAGAGGCGACUGGGAGACGCUGCAAAGAAAGCCAUAAGCAAGCUCCAAGUGCGCACCAUCAGGAAAGGGGACAAGGAAACCGAGUCCGAGUUUGACAACUGCGCCGUGUGCAUCGAGGGCUACAAGGCCAACGAUGUCGUGAGGAUACUGCCGUGUCGACACGUGUUUCAUAAGAACUGCGUGGACCCGUGGCUGCAGGAGCACAGAACCUGUCCCAUGUGCAAGAUGAAUAUCCUUAAAGCUCUCGGCAUCCCGACGAACGCAGACUGCUCUGACGACGCGCCUCCUGACUACGAGCUGUCUGUCGGAGCUCCUCCUGCCAACCCUGUGUCCGGGGCCAGUGACGUGACCGUGAGCGAGAGUUCUGUGGCGCUGGACCGCCUGCCACACCUUCACCACGAGCCCGAGUCUCUCACACAGAUGGAAGUCGGCCCCCGCAUCGCCAGCAGUGAACACCAGCCUCCUCUGAGCAGCGACUCGGACACAUCACUCAUCCUGCCGGUGGAAGUUAGCCUGUCUGACGUCGAGCUUUCUGCCGAAGCCGAGCAAGAAGAGUCCAAGUCCUGAGUGGCACAGCCUGGCUGCUGCAGAGGCACUGCUUUAGAGGGGGCUCCUAUGGAGCUAAAUAUGGACCAGGACCAGGACAGGGAGGAAAAAAAAAAAAAAAAAAGAAACAAAGAACAUAAGCAAUACUUUCUCCCAUAUGGUCUCGUUGAGUCAAUUCUUUUUUCUUUUUUUUUCGCUCUUUCUGGUCAGACCAGGUCGCUCUCGAUGUCUCUUCUUUAUUAGUUUUGCAUUACCACAGUGGGGGAAAAAAGCACACAUGAGUACCAAGAUACCAGGUUUGACUGCACGGAAAUUCUGCCUUUUCAAUUUCUUAUGGGAUCACUGCCAAUAUUCACACGUAUAUAUUCCAGAAUGGAUCUUUUAUAUAUAUACAUAUAUAUACACAAGUAUGUAUAGCUGCGAACAGCCUACUGCAUUUUGUGUCCGAAGCAGUCUGAGCGCAGUCCAGUCAACUGAGAGAAAAAAAGAAAAAAAAACAUUGUGUGGCAUCUCAAGAGCUUCCUCGAGACGUCACCAGUGCUCGCCUUUUUAGAAUUUUUUUAAUCCGGCUGCGUCAGACAACGCUUUUACCUUCUGCGUGGUUCGUUUUAAGAAGCACAACAGUCAUCACCUGAACGAGCCGUGAGUGAGAAAUGUAGAUUAUUCCAGCAGCGUUUCAUUCACUUUGCUUCUUACUGAGAACGUUAACUCGAUGACAGUUUGCUUGCUAGACGUACAGUAUGGUUUCUCCGUCCCUUUCCUCGUAAACAGUGUGAACUUUGCUUGUAGGGAUGUUGUGUCUUCUGAAGUGCCACUUGAGCUCAUGAAGCUGAGUUUUCCUCCUCGUGUGCAUCCUGUCGUGCCAUAGAAGAAAGGCAGGUCUUUUAUUCAGAGUGAGGAUGAACAGCAUUCAUCAUGAAUGUUUUUUCUUGCUUCUUUCUUUUUUCUUUUUUUUUUUCUUCUUCACCCAAACAUCUGAGGAUUUUCAGUACAAGCACCAGACCGAGACGUCUUCUCUUUCUUUCCGAAGUGUCCUCACUCACUCUAGUCUCCUUUCCUCCUCACAGAUGCCGGGCUUAAAGCGCUCAACCAAAUACGUUUGAAUCGUAACUUCAUUUGAUACGCGAGCGUCUCGGCGGGUUUCUCUUUUCCAGCACGAAAGCGUCAGAAAGCAUCAGAGUCAUUGUAGAUUAACGUUGCGAGGUCAUUUUCUAUUGCACAUUACAUCCAGGAAGAGCAGAUGUCUACAGAAUGAUUUUUAUUUUAAUAUCAAAGUUUUAUUUUUCUAAAAAGAAGAAAAAAAAACAGUCUAAGAAAUGAAUAGGCCCUGUUUACAGUUAGGAAGGAGAUCAGUCAGAAAACGAGAGUCUCCCAUUUUGUCCUUCCAUCAUCCAAAGGUAGUGUUAUUUAUUGUGCGUCUACACACACUUUUAAUUUAUAACAACGCAUGCUCUGAAUCCGUAGCCAUGUCCUCGUCCUUCUCAACAGAAGGUGUUUUAUUCGAGCCUUGGUGUAAGUCCAGCAUUCAAACCUGUUUAUUUCUUGAUGAAUCUGCUUCAACAUCAGGCUCACGGUUACAACCAUGCCUGACGCACAUCAGUAUGUUUUCUAAUCCCACAACAAAAGCAAGUGUUUCCAUUUUUCCUGCUUUCAGAGCUUUUUUUUUGUGUGCGGUUGUGUAAUUUCCAAAUAGGCUUCUCAAACCAUAAUGCAUAUGACUGACUGGAACCUUGAUGUUAUUAUUUUAUACAGAAUAAGUGCUGAAAGGACUUGUGCAGGGAGGAGCCGCGCGGGCGUGCAGGGAGGAGCCGCGCGGGCGUGCAGGGAGGAGCCGCGCGGGCGUGCAGGGAGGAGCCGCGCGGGCGUGCAGGGAGGAGCCGCGCGGGCGUGCAGGGAGGAGCUGUGUGUUGGCAGUAUUAGUCUUUUAAAGGCUGAGAAAUUUCCCCAAUUAGCCCCCUGGCAUUUAUUUAUUCAGUAGUGUAAAACCUUUCUUUUUAGAGAUACUGUAGCAUUAAAUCACACUGCAGCUCAUUGGCCAGCAGUGAUGGGACUGGAACAUCAGCAUAAAUGGGCUAACAGGGCAAUGUGUUGUCUGGAGUCUACAGUAUAGUGUGAGGGAGCGUGGGGUCAGGAGUGAAACGUGAGAGAUCGUGGGGUCAGGAGUGUAGCGCGAGGGAUCGUGGGGGCAGGAGUGAUGCGUGAGGGAUCGUGGGGUCAGGAGGGAUCGUGGGGUCUGGAGACUAGAGCCUAUGGUCUGGACUCAGGAGUCUGAACUCAGGAGCGCAGGAAUUUAUUUACACACGUGUGUGCUGUGUGUGCUUUCAGAAAAACAGCCUUUGUAAUUGGAGGGUUAAGACAGAAGAUUGUAGCAUCUUUCAAAUGUCCAUCAUUUCCACUAAUACACCAUGCAUCACGUCCCACAAUGCUGUAUUGAUCUCGAACACAUUUGCUCCAUCUUCAUGCUUCAAUUGCGUAAGUUUUUGAGAUUGGAUUGUAAGAGUCGGGACUCAUUUAGCAUCUAUUCAUGUAAAUGGAGUCUCGAUCAGCUUUCAGUGGUUUCAGUGAUAACGGAGUAUAAUCAGAGACCCUGCAAACCGAUAUAGCAGGACACACUGCUUUUUUCUGACUGAUUAAAGGCCUCAUAUUUUAUAAAUGAAACCAGAAAUACCCCUGCGACUUUAUUUAUACUGUUGCAUCUGUUGCUAAAUGCAAAUUUGUUGCAAAUUAAAUGAAUCUCAGGUGCUCUGAGAUUUUCGCACCACAUGCCCUGGUCGGCAUUAAAAAUCAGGUCGUGAAACAAUCGCGUUUAGGUUUUUCAUACCUAGACGGAUUAUAAAUUGGAUUCAGGUAUCUGCUACACAUGAGAUUUACAUUUAUAGCAUUUGGCAGAUGCCCUUAUCCAGAGCGACGUACAUAAGUGCUUAAAUCUCUAACAUUGAAUACAUAAAUGCUGGUUCACUAGGUUACAUACUUAAGAUACCAUGAGUUUAAAACAUUUGUUCAAGGUUACAAUGAAAAAGUGGCAAAGUUGUUUUUUUUUAUGAAUGCAAAAGAUAAGGAAAGAAGUGCUAGUUCAAGUGUUUCCUGAAUAAGUAGGUCUUCAACCGCCGCUUAAAAAUAGCCAGUGACUCAGCUGUCCGGACCUCUAGGAGAUCAUAUAUGAGAUCAUAUAUAUAUAUAUACACAACUUAUCAGUGAGAAAAUCAAACAUGCUUACAAACAUACAGUGUACUCACCAAGCAUCGAAAUGAGUCCAUGGCAGGAUUAUCAGGGCCAGAAUCGUGUAGCGUGCACUAUUCUGAAACCGUGUAAAGAUCUUCAGCCUCAUCCCUGUAACAUGCUCUAAAUCUUCUAAUAACACCAGCUCAGCCACUGCAGCGUGACGGCUUCCAUAGACAUACACCAACCCUGCCUUUUUCUAUAGGGCGCCAUUACUUUUAUCCUCCUUUUAUAGCUAGCUUUAUUUUGUCUUACAGAAUACUUUUGGAAGCGGUUUCAUCUUCACAGUGUAAUCUGUAGAAAAUCGCGGGAAGUCAUCGCCGGCUAAAUGAUUACGUAGUCACUUAUUGGUGAAUCUACACAAACCCGCAAGUGCUCGUCGCAUUCGAAUGUUUUUCUGGACUCGCUACUUUUUUUUUAUGUAUUUUUUAAUAGAUGCCACCUUUCAUUUGAAAAUUCUACCGAUUUGUAAUAAACCUAUUCGUAUUCAAGUUUGACAAAUGAGGCCCAUUAAGAGAUUAUGCACCAGUGUGCUGUUCUACAGUAGCUUUCACUACGUCAUUUACACUACCGCAGUCCUCUACAUUUCAUCAUCAUCAUCAUACACACCCUAUCAGAAAAGCACUUUAUCUCCGUGCUGGAGAGACUGAUAAAUGAAACACAUGUCUGAUUAAAUCUCAGCAGAAUGAUUGUUAAUCCUGUAGCAUUAGUUAAGUCAUCUAAAGGUUUGCAUAUGGAACACGAUCAGAAGAUCGAAGCAAGAGCUCCAGCCAGUCGUAAGUUUAUUCUCCUUGAAUGACUGUGGGUUUUAAGGAUUGUUCAACAACUUGUAUACAGUAUCCAGUGGAGUUCCACAGUGUUGCUAUUUUGUUACAUAGAGGACAGUGUAAAUAUACUCAGCCAUCUUGGUAUACUGUUCUAGUACAAUGUUGCACGUGUUUGAGUCUUUGAAUAAGAGGUACAAUAAAUUUUAUUGCAAUUUG